GAAGGGCUGGGCGCCGGACUCGGCCCUGGUGCAGCAUGGAUGUGGUGGACCCCCAGCAGCUGGGCAUGUUCACGGAGGGCGAGUUGAUGUCCGUGGGCAUGGACACCUUCAUCCACCGCAUCGACUCCACCGAGGUCAUCUACCAGCCGCGCCGCAAGCGCGCCAAACUCAUUGGCAAGUACCUGAUGGGGGACCUGCUGGGGGAGGGCUCGUAUGGCAAGGUGAAGGAGGUGCUGGACUCGGAGACGCUGUGCCGACGGGCCGUCAAGAUCCUUAAGAAGAAAAAGCUUCGGCGGAUCCCCAACGGGGAGGCCAACGUCAAGAAGGAGAUCCAGCUUCUGCGGCGGCUGCGGCACCGAAACGUCAUCCAGCUGGUGGACGUGCUGUGCAAUGAGGAGAAGCAGAAGAUGUAUAUGGUGAUGGAGUACUGCGUGUGCGGCAUGCAGGAGAUGCUGGACAGUGUGCCCGAGAAGAGGUUCCCCGUGUGCCAGGCCCAUGGGUACUUCUGCCAGCUCAUUGAUGGGCUGGAAUACCUGCACAGCCAGGGCAUCGUGCACAAGGACAUCAAGCCUGGGAACCUGCUGCUCACCACCAGCGGCACGCUCAAGAUCUCCGACCUGGGCGUGGCCGAGGCCCUGCACCCGUUUGCUGAGGACGACACGUGCCGCACCAGCCAGGGCUCACCAGCCUUCCAGCCUCCUGAGAUCGCCAAUGGCCUGGACACCUUCUCUGGCUUCAAGGUGGACAUCUGGUCGGCGGGGGUCACGCUCUACAACAUCACAACAGGCCUGUACCCUUUCGAAGGGGAUAAUAUCUACAAGUUAUUUGAGAACAUCGGCAAGGGCGACUACACGAUCCCGAGUGACUGCGGCCCGCCUCUGGCCGACCUGCUGAGAGGGAUGCUGGAGUACGAGCCGGCCCAGAGGCUGUCCAUCCAGCAGAUCCGGCAGCACAGUUGGUUCCGGAAGAAGCACCCGCCCACUGAGGGGCUGGUGCCCAUCCCCCCCAGCCCAGACACCAAGGACCGGUGGCGUAGCAUGACAGUGGUGCCCUACCUCGAGGACUUGCACGGCUGUGCCGGCGAUGCUGAGGACGAGGGCCUCUUUGACAUCGAGGACGACAUCAUCUACACUCAGGACUUCACAGUACCCGGACAGGUUCCAGAGGAGGAGGCAGGUCAGAACGGACAGAGCCGGGGCCUGCCUAAGGCCGUGUGCAUGAAUGGCACCGAAGUGGCCCAGCCAGGCCCCAAGUCAAAAGCCGAACGCCGUGCCAGCGCCGCCUCCAAUCCUGCCCGCCGGGCCUGCUCCGCCAGCAGCAAGAUCCGCCGGCUGUCAGCCUGCAAGCAGCAGUGAGGACACCCCCUGCAG